GCCUAACUGUUCUAAGUACAUAGGUAUAACAACCGCGAGUUCAUCGGCGGGUGCGGGCAUAUGCGCUUAUCGAGGUGCCGGGUGUGGUCGUGAUGGGCCAUGCCAACGCCGCGGAGAUGGCAGAUUCACGAAAAUGGUCGGAGGGCGGUGGGCUCGUUCCAGGGAGAAGCAUAGGCCUGUUGACGUUGUGUUUUUUCUCGCUGGCCACGGCUCAGCCGCAAACUUUGGACUCGGCACCCUCCAGACUUUUGUGGUACGAUGAACUGAUGCAGCGUCGGGCAUGGGGGGAUAAUGGAUUCCUCUCUUUUGGUUCUGCUGCCACCAUCGGCCGACUGUGGUCGCGCGAGGGCGGGGAGAUGGAUGCGAGUAUUUAAAGGUUCGGUGUCGUCACAGCUGGUGAGGAAGGGAAAGGGAGAGAGAGAUUAGAAGCUCAUAUCGGAUCAAACUCGAGAAUCAUUCACUAUCCGCUAUUCACUAU